UACUGGGUGAGUGUCUUUAGAGCUGUCCUCUGCGUCCCCUGUGUGCAGGACAUCUUCAACGCCUUCAUCAAGCAGGACCCGGUGCUGGUGCACCAGCUGCCCUGCUUCUGGAACGUCCAGCUGUCGGACCACACUCGCUCCGAGCAGUGCUACACCGAGGUGUCUGACCUCAAGGUGAUCCACUGGAACUCCCCGAAGAAGCUCCGAGUCAAGAACAAGCACGUGGAGUUCUUCCGGAACCUGUACCUGACGUUCCUGGAGUACGACGGGAACCUGCUGAGACGAGAGCUGUUCGGCUGCCCGAGUCAGGCCAGUCCAGAGAGUGUCCAGCUGCAGGCGUCCCUGGAGGAGCUGGACGAGGACGACCAGUGCUACGACUUCCGCCGGGAGCGGCUCACCGUCCACCGCGUGCACCUGUACUUCCUGCAGUACGAGUACACGUCCUCAGGGGACGACACCGACAUCACGCUGGUGGCCCAGCUCUCCAUGGACAG